ACACAGCCCAUUGUUUUCUGUUUUCUUUCUCUCCACGAAAUCCCCACCUUUUUUAAUCCUUUUCGUUUCAAACAAUACACACAACCAACAAACUUCAAAGAUUUCACUUCCAGAAACCGCGACAAAGGUUUGUGAUGGAUUCACAGAAAAGCCAACCUCAAAAGUCAUCUUCGUGUAGAAGGAAGAAGAACGAGGAAGCGACUUUCAUCGAGGAUUUGAAGGAUCACAUCGACGAGUUCAUUCAUGCUUCUAUGGAUGAACACAAAACUUGCUUUCAGAAAACAAUUAACAAGAUGUUCGGUUUGUCUAAGGCUGUUGCGGAAAAGAACGCUAAUGCUGCGAAUGGAGUCGAAAGUUCUUUGCCUCUUCAAACUACUCUGCAAGAUUAGUUUUAUUUUGAACUUUAAGGUUUUUAUUUUAGCCAUGGGGUAAUGUAAUAAUAUCUUGAUUUUUAGUUAUGUUGUUGGGAUUUAAGUAAACAACCUUUGUCUACAUGAUAUUUCACUCUUACAAACAAACAUUAUUUUGUUUCAA